AGAGAGAGAGAGAGAGAGAGAGAGAGAGAGAAAGAAAGAAAGAGAGAGAGAGAAAGAAAGAGAGUGGACACGACUACACAAAAAAUACUCGACGUUCAAGACAUUGAUAAAAUAUUUUGAAUAUAUGUGACAUAAUGGAUGUUAAAGCAACUCAAGAGACCAUUUAUGUGGACAAUGGUCGCUACUAUAAUGUCAAAACAUUAAACAAUAUGACGACGACUACGAUACAGUCAACUGUCGACACAAUCAUUAGAUACGGUUCCUCUCAUAUGAACGACUCUCAUACGGCAGUCAAUAUUGUAGACGAUAUUGAGAUACAGGUGCCAUUUAAUCUACUUAACGUAACGGGUGAUAUGCCACUGGAGUACGCACUGGUAAUGUUCGGCUACAUAAUGCCGUUCCUGUUGGUCAUAACGAUUGUGGCCAACAUAUUGAUAGUGUUGGUGUUGUCGCGCCGUCACAUGAGAACACCGACUAAUAUUCUUUUACUAUCGAUGGCUGUGGCAGACUUAUUGACCCUACUGUUCCCGGCACCAUGGUACUUUUAUAUGUACACAUUGAGCAACCACUGGAAGUUACUGUACCCGACAUACGCGUGUUAUGCCUACUAUUAUAUGAUAGAAGUAAUUCCCAUGUUUUUCCACACGGCAUCCAUUUGGUUCACCUUAUUGUUAGCCUGUCAGAGAUAUAUUUAUAUAUGUCAUCCCUGUGCGGCCCGUAACUGGUGUACAACACCACGAGUCAUACGAGCCAUUUGUGCCAUAUAUUUGUUGGCAUUUCUCCAUCAAAUCACCAGAUUUUUUGAUCGACAAUACAAUUCCGUGACCUUUAUUCUGGACGACAAAGAAGUGACGGGAUGUCAGAUCAGUUCGAGUCCGUGGGUGGAGAACAUUGAAGACUAUUACUAUACCUCGUACUACACGUUCCGUAUAAUCUUCGUACACAUUGGUCCGUGCGCUGCACUCGUCGUCUUCAAUGUCCUACUAUUCAUAGCAUUGCGCAAAGCGGCCAAUAAUCGCAACAAACUAUUGGGUAAAAGUGCGCCAACCAGUAGUGAUAACCGAAAGAUCCGAGACUCCAACUCGACAACCAUAAUGUUGAUAGUAGUGGUGUCCGUGUUUUUGGUGGUCGAAAUCCCGUUGGCCAUCACAACACUGUUACAUGUCAUGCAAAACGCAUUGGACUUAGAGAUAGUCAGCUACAAGAUAUUGAACACAACUAUUGUGUUCAGCAACUUCGUGAUCAUACUGUCCUAUCCGGUCAACUUUGCCAUCUAUUGUGGAAUGAGUCGACUCUUUCGUGAGACAUUCCGUGACCUCUUUCAUUUGGGAUCAACUGAUCGCACUCAAUGGUCCACCAAAUAUACUACUUAUGUGAACGGCGACGGUGAGACCAAACUGGUUGCCGGAAGUCGCCGAUAUUCAGUGGCCACUAAUGGAUUGAAUAAUAUUAUUAUUAAAAAUGAUAACAACAAUUGCACUAAAAAUAAUCCAUUAGAGACAAUGUUAUAA